UUCAAUUCUCAAGCAGAAGGGAAGGACAGGAAGGGAAAAGGGUUCUCUAUCUAGAUCCAUGGGGUUUUGGGUAACAAGCCUAAUCUUCCUUCUCGCAGGCGUCAUCGGCGCACUCUCCCUCAGGCUCUGUUGCAACCGAGGCCCUUCCACUAAUCUGUUGCAUUUCACAUUGGUAAUUACGGCUACAAUAUGCUGUUGGAUGAUGUGGGCAAUUGUUUAUCUUGCACAAAUGUACCCAUUGAUUGUUCCCAUCCUCAACGAAGGAGAGUGAUCAGUAAAAUGAUUUCAUUCCUUCACUCCCAAUCCUGCUGCUGUAGCUUCCUCAUCAUCUUUUUUGCCCAGAUUUUUUUCUAUAAUAUUGCAGCAGAAAAUACUGUUCAGUGCCAGUUGCCGUGUACCCUAAGGAUAAAAUGUGCAAGUUUUGGUUUUCUCAAAACUGUAAAACAAUAUGGUUUAAUCUGCUAAAUCUCUAUUCUUCUAAUGUGUAAUGAUACAGUAUACUCUGUUUGAACAAAUGAGCAGUUUAUUGAAUAAUUAUUUAAUAUUGAGUAA